AUGAGACAGAUAGUAUCAGCGAUAACUGAAGAGCUGUCGCGGUUAAGCGUAGAUACGACUUCUUCACACUAUCAGCACAAUCAGCAAGUAGGCGAUUUGCAGGAAAAGACGACUUCCAAGAAGAGAGAAAGUAUUUCUUCUCUUUCACAUUCUCCGUUAAUUUAUCAUGAAGCGACUUCUAAAAAUGAACAGGAUUAUGAGUUCUACCAUACGCAAGAUAUGACUACACGAAAUGAUUUUGUAACGAAUAAUUCUUAUCCUACCACUUCUCGCCCUUAUACGAUUACACGAUUUGAAACAACGACAUCCUUGAUGAGAGUAAAUACAAGGGCACAGAAUGAGAGUAGAGAACAGCUCGUUAGAAUACUGGGUCAUCUAGUGCGUUUCAGUAGGGGUUAUAUUGUAUAUGGGAAUUGGAUGUGUGAACGUAGAAAAGAUGAAACCAAAUACGAAUACGAAUUUCAAAGAAAAUUCGAGCAGAAUGAACUCAAGGAAUGCGAUAAGUGUGAUAAAUCUUUAUUGAUUACGAGUUUUCGAUUAUACACAGCACCAAUUUUGAAUAUCAAACAAGAGCCCACAAUUGAAAUUCUUCGUAAUUUGGAAUGGGAUGAGUAUUACAGAGUAUUUGGAUUGUGGAAAUGCCAAACCUGCAAAAAGAAAUGGAAGAGUGCUUACACUUGGAUUUCUCUUCGUGAAUUUAUGUUCCAAAGGUCGGCGCGGAAUUUAAAAGAUUAUUACAUGCAACGGUGCAAGAAGUGCAAUGGUGACGCAAAAUGCAGUGGUGAAAAGAGAAAGGAUAGUGACACGAGCUUUCUCUAUGAUUAUCAACCUCUGUUGUUAGGCGAAG